UUAUAGCGGGACGGCAGGGGCAUUCUGACACUGGGGGGGAACUGACUUGGUGUCACUGACAUACUCAGUGACACCAAUACAGUGAUCAGUGCUAAUAAAAAGCACUGACACUGUACUAAUGACACUGUGCAGGAAGGAGUUAACAUGUGGGGCGAUCAAAGGAUUAACUGUGUGCUGUUUUACUGUGGUCUGUGUUUCAACUGUAAGCACACUGCUUGUGUGCAGGAGAGUACUCUCCUUCGGUAAUGCUCCCCGAUCACCAGGUGCUGGC